ACGGGCAGGGAAAACCAGUCAAAUCUUCCCCGGGGGCCAUGGCCCUAUGUCGGUAUUAUCCCUAGUCGGCUACCUCCCGAUCCCCCGCCGCGCCCCGCCCCGCCGGCUUCCUCUCCACCACCACCACCGCUCCCCCUCGCGCCGGCCGGCCUAUUCUCUCUAUCGGGUUCUCCCCACGAUCGGCGCGCCGUCGCUGCCCCGCGGCCGCGGUCCCGCGUCGCCUCCGCCCCGGCUACCUCGAUCCGCCCCUUGAUGGAGAAGGGCAAGUCGGUGGUCGCGGAGCUCGCGGCGUCCUUCAGCGGUAUCCAGGUCGCGCCGCGCCGGAAGCCCACGAGUAUACCGCCAGGACCAGCGGCGUCCUUCUAUUCUCCCGUGAAGAAGGCCAAGCCUGCAAAAUUGGUCAAUUUGUGCAUUGGCGUCCUCGGUCAGCAUCUUGAAGAUAUUAUCACCGAUAUUUCUGAAUUCACUGCCUUCUUUCCACCCCAUAUAAAGUUGGCAAUUCUUUCUAUUGCAAGGAGGAGAAGGUUACUGAAUGACGAAGUUCUGGUUUCUCUUGCUGAUAGCUCCUGGAAGGUCCUAGAUAUAUCUGGGUCUGAUGUUACUGAUGUUGGUUUGGCUACUGUGGCGCAGAUUUGUAGUAGCUUAUGGGCUAUUGAUAUUAGUCGAUGUGAAAAAAUAACUGCUGCUGCCGUUUCAGAGGUUAUAUGCCACUGUCCAUCCUUGGAGAUAUUAAGAUGCGGAGGCUGUCUAAGAAGCGAAUUCACAGCACGUCGGUGCGUUGAUCUUUUAAAACCCAAACUGAAUACUCUUGAAGAGGACUCAUGGGAGGAACUUGAAGCAGUAGAUAUUGGUGGCGGCGCAGAGUCUUUAAGAUGGUUAGUUUGGCCCAAGAUAGACGAUUACUCGAAAGAAAUCCUUGCAGCAGAGUGUCCUCGUGUUAUCGUCAACCCGCAACGAUCACUUCUUGACCUGUGCGGAUCCAAGACCCCGAAUGAAGCAUUGGCGAGUGUGCCAUUAGACCAUUCCAUAGUAGAAGAUAUUGAUCCGAAAACAUGGGCAGUGUCUGCGGCCCCUCCAAGAGCAGCUCCUCCACCUCAGCCAAAUGCUCUACCUGAAAUACCGAUCGCUGAGAGGUUCAGGCUAGCCUAUGCGUCGAGGGAAGCGAGGCUGGCACCAAAGAGGGCAAGGAGGGAAAUGCAGCGUCGGCGCCGUGCCGAAAGGGAUUACUGGAUGAAUGACAUUGACGCCAAAUCUGUGGCCCUUGCGAGUAAAUACCUGAGCAAGAGCUAGUGAUGGCGAAAGGGGUUACUGGAUGGAAAUAUGGAAUGUUGUAUGUAUCGAAGGUUGUCAAUCAAAAUACAAGGGAGAAACGCUGAGUUGUAACAAUGGAACGGUUGCAUCCGGUUAGGAGCGAAGUGGUGGAUGUAUUACCCAACUAUAAAUGAAAACCUUCACAGUUUUGUA